AUGAGAAUCAAGUUUAGAAUUCUGCUUCUUUUGCUUUUUGUUUAUCCACUGAUCUUUUGUGAAAAAUAUUUGGAUCUUGAGAAUGAAUUAAUAUCCAAACCGGAUCCUGAUUUUCCUGCUAUUGAGCGUGUUUUUCAUGAUAUUAUUGAAACGUACUUUUUGGAAGACAAAACUCCAGUCGACAUUGUAAUUAUUGAGCCAUUUCCUGCUGAACAUUUGUAUAUUUUGAUACAAGUUCUUGUAAAAAUUAAUGGAACUUUGACUUAUCAGAUUAUGAAAUUCAGUAACUUCAAAGAAGACAUUUUUUUAAAGAAUCCAGCAAUAUUACUGCUUUCUGAUGAAAAAUCAUUAAUCAAAGUCGCCGAAUACUUUGAAAUAAUCAGAUAUCAGAAUCAAGCCUUCAAAUAUUUCAUUUAUUUUGCUCACACGACGAUUGAACAUCUUGAAAAUUUUUGGGUCAUAGAAUUUCAUGACAAACUGAAAUUGGCAUUAAAAUCAAUUAUUUAUCAUGCAUACUUCAUCAUCAAUGAACUUGAUAUAGUCAGCAUAUCGACUCUGGACUUUUUCUUUGAAGCAUGUAACAAGCAGCAAUUAACAAGACUUCACUUUUUUAAUAAAGCAAAGAUGAAAUGGAUCGGAAAUCUUAUGGAAUAUGAAAAAUUUCUCGAAUUUUAUGGAUGUGAAUUGAAAAUGAUGCUUCCUGUACUGCCUAAAGUUAAUCUAAAUUCAUAUCAUUGGGGAUUUUCUGUUCUAGAUGCAAAUGCUCCUAAUGGAUUCUCUGUUCAAGGUAUAACUCCAAAAAUAUUUAAAAUAGCAGGAAAAAAGUAUAACUUUAUAGAUGCAUACUCUCCUGCGAUGGUGUAUCAAAGAGAUUUGAUACUGGACUUCAAUUUGAACAAAGUUAUGCUGGUUGGAAUCAACAAAACAAUCAAAGAUCCAAGUGUGUACUUUGAUAUAACAGGAGUUCAUUUGCAUAAUAUUUCAAAGCUUAGAAUAUCAAAUGUAUUUGAGGAUGUUAAAUACAACCUUUUGGUGACACCUGGAGAUCUUUACACGCCAUAUGAGAAGUUAUUCCUGCCUUUUGAUCUUACUACUUGGAUUCUUCUGACAGCUACAUUUGGAAUAACAUUUCUUACAAUUUUCAUCAUCAAUCGUUUGGCAAAAUCGGCAAGAAACUUUGUUUAUGGCAGUAAAAUUUGUACACCGACACUAAAUGUCAUCAGCAUAUUCUUUGGAAUCUCACAAGCUAGACUACCAACUGAAAACUUUUCUAGAUUCAUUUUAAUUCUUUUUGUCUUUUUCUGCUUAAUUUUUCGAACUUGUUUCCAAAGUAAAUCCUUUGAGUUUUUGACAAGUGAACCACGACGUCCUCCUCCUAAGACAUUAGAGGACAUUGUGGCACAGAACUAUACAAUUUCAACAUUAUUUAAAGAAGCGUUUGAAAAUGUAAUCAAAGAUGAGAGGGAAAUUUGGCCACAAAUUAAGGAACCAAAAUUUCCAGAAUACAUAGCUUCUUACAAAACUCAAUCACAAAAUUCUUCAGCCAAGAUUUGCCUCAUAAUUGAAAACUUGAUUCGAAAUGAACUAAAUGCAGAAGGAAAUCCUAAUUGGAAUACAUUGGAACUUGAAAACAUCUUUGUGUCUCAUCAAGCCUUCUUUUUUCAGCAACAAUCAUAUUAUUUCCGGAUGAUGUUUAAGACAGUCAAUAGUCUUAUAGACACAGGAAUUAUGAAGCAUCUGUCGGACGAUUAUCUUAGGAAGAAAGAAUUCAUAAAACUUGAAGAAGAAGCAAAAAAAUUAAGUUUUAAUGAUCUUUCAUUUGGAUUCAACAUAUGGUUAGCGUUUUGUUGCAUAUCUUUUGGAGCUUUUCUUGUUGAAUUAUUAAAUAAGCCUAAAGAAGAUGCUUCAAGACUAUUUAAGUUUGCAAAGCCGGAUUCAAAUUUUGCAGCUUUUGAGUGUGUAUUGCUAGAUAUUAUUGAUGUCUAUUUUGUGAACGAAAACACACCAUUUGACAUUUUUGUACUAGAACCAUUUCCUUUAGACCAUUUAGAUAUGUUGAAUGCUGUUCUUGCAGGAAGUAAUGGAAAAUUUUCAUACUACCUCCUGAAAUAUAAUAACAAUUAUUCGAAAAUUUAUUUGGAAAAUCCAGUUUUAUUUUUGGUUUACGAUGAAAAUUCACUUGAGGAUAUAUUUAUAUAUUUUUUGGCACUUAGAUAUCAGAAUCAAGUUAUGAAACAUUUUAUUUAUUUUGCUGGAACAACAAUUGAGAAAUUUGGAAGUUUUUGGUUGAUACAAAAUCUACAAAGUUUAUCGAUCAUGCCUGGAACAAUUUUUUACCAUACUUAUUUCAUCUGCGAUGAGGCUGAAGUUGUUAGUAUUUCAACACUUGAAUGGUUUAUAAAAGGAUGCAAUAAACUUGAAAUAUCAAGAGUUCAUUUAUUUGAUAAGAAAUCAAUGACAUGGAUUGGAAAGCUUCAAGCUUAUGAGAAAUUUCUCGAAUUUAAUGGAUGUGAACUUAAAAUGAUGGUUCCAGUAACAAGACCAGCAUAUCUUAAUUCAUAUUAUUGGGGUUAUGCUAUUCUUGAUAAAAAUAACCCUGAUGGAUAUACUGUCUUUGGAAUCACGCGAAUAAUAUUUAAAAUAGCUAGUAAGAAGUUUAAUUUUGCUGAUGUUUAUGUUCCUAUUCUGGUAUACGAAAAAGAUUGGAUUAAGAAAUUUGACCACAAAGUUAUCUCUGGAUUGGUCUUAAAUAAAACAAUAUUAGAUCCAAAUGUUUAUUUUGAUAUAGCAGGAUUGACAUUACAAAAUGAAUAUAUGCAUAGAAUGUCAAAUGUAUUCGCUGAUGUUAAGUAUAAACUUUUUGUGACACCCGGUGAUCCUUAUACUCCAUAUGAGAAGCUAUUCCUGCCAUUUGAUCUCACAACAUGGAUUCUCUUACUGCUUACAUUUGGGAUAACAUUUAUUACAAUUUUCAUCAUCAAUCAUUUGCCAAAAUCUACACGAGACUUUGUCUACGGCAGUAAGAGUUGCACACCGUCAUUAAAUGUCAUCAGCAUAUUCUUUGGAAUCGCACAAGCCAAAUUACCAACUGAGAACUUCUCAAGAUUCAUUUUGAUUCUUUUUGUCUUUUUCUGUUUGAUUUUUCGGACUUGCUUUCAAAGUGAAUCUUUUGGGUUCUUAACAAGCGUGCCAAGACGUCCACCACCAAGAACAUUAGAAGAUCUUGUAGCACAAAAUUACACCAUUUACACAUUAUUCAAGAAAGGAAUUGAAAAUAUUAUUGUAAAUGAACAAGAACAUUGGCCUCGGAUUGUUGAACCUGAAUUUUUGGACUAUAUCAAGUACUACAAAACACAAUCGCAGAACUCUUCAGCAAAGAUGUGCCUUAUAAUUGAGGAUUUACUCCAAAGUGAACUUGAUGCAGAAGUCAAUCCUAUGUGGAAUAAGAUUGAACUAGAAAACAUCUACGUUGCUCACCAAGCUUUCAUUUUCCAUCAACAUUCAUUUUCCUUCAGAAUACUUUUUAAGACAGUCAAUAGUCUUAUAGAUACAGGAGUUAUAAAACAUUUGACUGAAGAUUAUUUAAGGCAAAAGAAAUUUCUAAAAAUUAUUGAAUCUAGAAAAGUUUUGGAUCUUAAUGAUCUCUCAUUUGGAUUCAUCAUUUGGUUGGGUUUUUGUGGCAUUUCCAUUGCUGCUUUCUUUUUUGAAUUUCUUAAAAAACCAGAUCGUGUAAAACCUCCUAGAUUAUUUAAGUUCGCCAAAGUUCAUCCUUAUCUACAAAACUUUCCGAUUAAGAAUGCAAAAAAGCUAAAAGUUCUGAAUCAAACUUUUCAAAACUUCAAAGUCAAAGUUCGAGAAGUUUCCACGGAGAGUGAAAAAGCAACGAACAUUUCAAUUCAGCAUCAAGUAACACAGUUUUCAAGACAGGAAGUUCAAUCUGCUGCUAAUCUUCAUUACUCAGCAUUUUGUUUAAAUUACUUGGAUAUUGAAAUAGAUGAAUUUCAAAUUUUGAAUCCAGAUUUUCCUGCAAUAAUUCAAGUGCUAAAGGAUGUUAUUGAUGUUUAUUUAGUGAAAGAAGAUGAUCCAUUUAAUAUUAUUAUUGUGGAACCGUUUCCAAUGGAUCAAUAUGAAAUUUUAUAUGGAAUUCUAGCUGAAAACUAUGAGAAAUUUUCUUAUAAAUUGAUAAAAGUAAAAUAUCAGAAGCAUAAUCAUUUUGAAAAACCUAGUUUAAUGACAGUUCCUGCACUAUUUUUAGUUUACAAUGUCGACGCAAUUCUCAAAAUUUAUGAAUUAUUUGAUUUUAUUCGAUACAAUAAUCAACCAAUUAAAUACUUCAUAUAUUUUGCUGAGUCAUCAUAUGAAGAUAUUAUCAAUAAUCCAUUAAUAGGUGCACAUAAGGAACUUACAGUCCAUCCAGGAACAAUAUAUCAUCAUACUUAUUUUAUUCUUAAUGAACCUGAAUAUAUUAGCUUAUCAACAAUCGAAUGGUUCGUAAUUGGAUGCAACAUAGGAUUUUUGGAUAGACUCAACUUAUUUGAUAAAGAUUUAAUGACGUGGAGAAUAAAACUUAAAGCGUAUGAGAAAUUUCUUAAUUAUAAUGGAUGUGAACUAGUUUUGAUGCUUCCAUUAAGAAAAAAUGUUAUGGUCGUUGACCUUAACUCAUACCAUUGGGGAGAGCUUAUCAUCGAAUCUGAAGAUUCUCAGUCAUUUACUAAAGGUGGAAUUAUCCCGACUUUAUUCAAUAUUGCUGGUAAAAAGUUCAACUUCUCGGAUGAAUAUGUUGCAUUAAAUGUAGACCAUAAGGAUUAUAUUCUGAAUAUUAAUUAUUCAGCACUCAAUACCGCAAGAUUUAUUAAUAAAUCAAUAAAAACUCCAAAUGUCUGUUUUGAUGUCAAUGGAGUGCAAUUAAGUAUUCAUCCAGGUCUAAAAGUUUCAAAUGUCUUUGCUGAUAUUAGCUACAAUCUAUUUGUGACACCAGGAGAUGUUUAUACUCCAUACGAGAAGUUAUUCUUGCCAUUUGAUUUCAUUACUUGGAUCUUAAUCUUUUUCACAUUUUCAACAACUUUCAUCACUAUUUUAAUUAUUAACUGUCUACCAGAACAUGCAAGAGACUUUGUCUAUGGUAUCGAAAUUAAUUCUCCAACGUUAAACGUCAUCAGCAUAUUUUUUGGAAUCUCACAAAUCAAACUUCCAACUGGACAUUUUCCGAGAUUCAUUCUUAUGCUUUUCAUCUUUUUCUGUUUAAUUUUUCGAACUUGUUUUCAAAGUAAAUCAUUUGAGUUCCUGACAAGUGAGCCACGACGUUCAUCACCGAAAUCAUUAGAGGAUCUUUUGGCACGCAAUUAUACAAUCAGUACUUUAUUUAAAGACUCUUUUGAAGUUCUUAUUAGUGAUGAAAAAGAUAAAUGGCCUAAACUCUACGAGCCAAAUUACAUAGAUUACGUUACUUCCUACAAUACUCAGUCACAAAAUGCUUCAGCAAAAAUGUGUUUAAUUAUUGAGGAAUUGCUCCAAAAAGAACUAGACGAAAAGUCAGUCAACAAAUGGACUCAAAUUGAUUUAAAAAACAUUUAUGUUUCUCAUCAAGUUUUCAUCUUUUUGCAGCAAUCAUUUUCUUUUAGGAUGCUUUAUAAGACUGUCAAUUGUUUGAUAGAUACAGGAAUUAUGAAGUACUUGACUGACAAUCAUUUGAUGAGGAAAAAGUUGACGAAAAUUGUUGAACAUGCAAAAGUGUUAAGUAUGAAAGAUCUUUUAUUUGGAUUUAAUAUUUGGUUGGGGUUUUGUGUGAUUUCGUUUGGUGCUUUUAUGCUGGAGAAACUGUGUUGCCAAAAAACCAAAAGAUCUAAAUUUGCGAAAAUUCAUCCAAUGUUGAAUGAUUUUGUAGAGGAACUCGAAUGUUCAACUUGCUAUGAAAACUUUAAAAUUAAAUAA